UAUCCAUUUUUAAUUUUAUUUUGAUGAUCCAUACGAAAAAUCGUUUCAUUUCCUGCUCUAUUUUCUCGAACCUUGUAAAUUUUUAAGUUUAUUAAAUUUUUUAUUUUUGUAAAGAUGACAGUUUAUCCCAAAAUGACAUUUGAUCCCAAAAAAAUUUUUUUUUAAUUAAAUUUAUUUUUUUUUCUUCUCGUCUUAAAAAUAAUUUUAAUUAAUUUUUGGUUUAUUUAAUCUUUAAAAUUUAGAAAAAUUAACAAAAAAAAUUUUCCCUAAUUUAAUUCAAUGGACAACAACCCCCAACAACAUCCCCAACAACAACAACAGCCCCCAAACAACUUUCAACAUCCCCAACAUUUAUUGUAUCAUUUAUUAGGGGCUCCAAGUUGUUUUGACCAUCCACCAGAACCCUCAUUUAAUCAACAAUUAAAUAAUUGGACAACCCCAAAUUUUUUAAAUUAUCCAAAUGGACAACAACCCCCAGCAACAACAGACACCAAAACUUUAACGACUAGUGGGGGAAAUAUUUUAUUACAAAUUGGAGAACAUUCAGCAGCUAAUAAACAACAAUUUGCAAAUGGGUGUCCUCAAACUGUCAAAUAUGAAAAUCCGCAGUCUGUGGUGGGUGAAAUUUUUUAA